CUGCCCUGAAUAUCCCGAGCAGCGAAACGGAGGACAGCUUGAUACUCCCAUCGUUCAGAGAAAGAAAGCAGGAGUCAAAAUAUAUUUUAAAUUCUCAACAUGGACAAGAGCGAUCUGGUGCAGAAAGCUAAACUUGCCGAGCAGGCGGAGCGUUAUGAUGACAUGGCCGCAGCAAUGAAGGAGGUGACGGAGGGCGGAAUUGAGCUGUCCAAUGAGGAGCGCAACCUUCUGUCGGUGGCUUACAAAAACGUGGUCGGUGCCCGCCGCUCCUCCUGGCGGGUCAUCUCUAGCAUCGAGCAGAAGACCGAAGGUAAUGAGAAGAAGCAGCAGAUGGCGCGCGAGUACCGUGAAAAGAUCGAGACAGAGCUGCAGGACAUCUGUAACGACGUGCUGGGGCUCCUUGACAAGUACCUCAUUGUCAAUGCUAGCCAGGCAGAAAGCAAAGUCUUCUACCUGAAAAUGAAAGGCGACUACUUCAGAUAUCUGUCUGAGGUGGCUUCCGGAGACUCAAAGAAGAGCACAGUGGAGAACUCCCAGAAGGCCUACCAGGAGGCAUUUGAGAUCAGCAAGAAGGAGAUGCAGCCGACACACCCCAUCCGACUGGGUUUAGCUCUCAACUUCUCCGUCUUCUACUAUGAAAUCCUUAAUUCCCCCGAGCAGGCCUGCAGUUUGGCAAAGACAGCCUUUGAUGAGGCUAUUGCUGAGCUUGAUACCUUGAACGAGGAUUCCUACAAAGACAGUACUCUGAUCAUGCAGCUACUAAGGGACAACCUCACUCUGUGGACAUCAGAAAACCAGGGUGAUGAGGGGGAUGCCGGAGAAGGCGAGAACUAAAGGCGUUGCACUUCACUGUUAAAUCCACCCACACUCUUAUCUUACACAUAUACAGCCCAUACAUCCCUUCUCCAUCCACCACACCCACCAACCCCACCCCCUUCUGUAUGACCAGUAGCAUGAAUUGUACUUGACCUACCAGCCGUGCCCUUCUGAGAUCGUCAUGGCGACAGGGUAACGUUCACUUGUUAGUAGGCUGAGUCCUGUGUGUACAGGGAGGUGGUAAUAAUCAAAAAGGAAAAAAAAACAUGACCUUGUUGGGAAAAAAUAAGACUAUUUUUCAUCCCCUGCUGAUAAUCCCUCCUAACAUUUUUGAAGAUACAUGUUUCUUUGACCUAGCAAAGUUAUGCAUUAUAGUUUCUCCCCUUCCCCUCCCCCCCCCCCCCCCCCUUCCUUAGUGUACUGGCGUGCGCUGGUUUUAUUCAAAGGUUAUUAAACUGUCUGUUUAAUUUAACAAACACUGUGAUGUUUAGUUAUUCUCCACAGCUUGUGUGAGGGGAAAGUCAGAAAACUGUGGCAGUGCAAUUCUGCUGUGGCUUCAUACAGAACGGAAAAAAACGCAGGCUGUAUUGUGACACUGACUACCAUGCUUCAUUGCCGUGUAACAUUCACUCUUUAUUUUGCAUAUGAGAACUAAAAUUAUACAAAAAAGGGACCCUUGGCUUUUCCAUUCCUCAUCUUUUCAGUAGAAAAAAAAGACAUUCCACCAGAGCAGAACACUUCAAGAUUAUACUCUUUUUCUCUCUUUCCCUGUCUUUCCUUUGUUUGUUCGAACAAACUGGAGAAUUGUCCUGAGCUGUCUGUAGGAUGGUCAGCAAAACAAGGUGCUCUUUGACAUCAGUAAAAAAAAAUGUUUCCCUAUUUGUUCUCAUGCCCCCCCCCCCCCACACAUUUUAUGUUAUAAUUAAUCUCAGUUCAAUUUCAAAUAUGAAAAUCUAUAAAUUGUAAAACGUUUUAGAGCUAAAUUUGAAUUUGUCUUUAACGUUCAAUAUCAUAAAACCUGCUCGCAAAAGAAGUACCUUAAAGCCGUUACUUAAUGUAAUUUUUUUUUCUUUUUCUUUUUCAACCCUGUCUUGAGGGCCUUAUACUGAUGGUUCCAGACUGAUCAAUGCUUGUGUUUUUCCUUCUCUGACUGAUCUCUUGUGAAAAGAAGACCUAUUUGGGUGAAUGGAUACCCAUGCAAAGCCAGCUCAGACAUAAAUGUGAUGUGAUUGUGAUAGAAUAGCCCUGCCAGUUGCGAAGAGAGAUUGGUAUCUGCUCUCUAUUGGACCAUUGAUUUAAAGUAUGUUAGAGGUGAUCCAUCUUGUAGUGUGAGACCCUAAAUUUAUACUGAAAAAAAUGGUUAUUAGAUUCUGGAUGAAAAAUUGUGUUUAGGACCUAACGCUUUUUUUUCUGUCUUCUGUUUUGUUUUUUUGUUUGUUUUUUUUUUGGUUUUAUUUUGGGGUUUUUUUUUAGGGUAGCUGAAUUCAGUGUCACAAUACCUUGUCAUUACCAGAACAUUCCACAUAGGUGUAGAACUCAUCUGUCUCAGACUGUCUUGCUGCAGACAAUGUUUCAUGCACUGAAGAAAAAAAAAUUCCUCCCCCUUAGCUGAACAAAUGGCAGUUACUCUACGCUUGAUUAAAAAAAAAAAACAUGCAGUAGUGAAUGUGGAGCCGAGCCUGUCUGUAUAUCUGGUAUCUCCAAUUGCUUUGUUUUUACUGACCAGUAUUCUGCCUACAGUUUGCUUCUGUGACGGUUUUAUUGCUUAGCGCGCACGUGGUUGUGAACAUUUAGAGUAGAUUAAGACAAAAAAAAACAAAAUGAACAAAAAAAAAACCCAACCUGGUUAUUGACGUAAUACUAGAUUUGUGUAUGUCUUUUAAAACAGUUCUAGUUUCACCUUACAUGUUAUAAUCAGGAAAGUGUAAAAGACAAUUUAAAGUGAAAUAAAAGUUUUAUCAGUUCCAAA